AUGCAGCUCACUCAGCUCCUCCUCGCAACUGGCCUCUUUGCCUCCUCGGCCUUCGCUGCCCCCACCGCCUCUAGCAAGUCUAUGAUGGCCGCCAGUCCCCAGUGGACCAUCCAGAACACCAAGCGUGUCUGCAACACCGAGGACACCUCCUGCACCUGGACUUUCGGCAUCUACCCCGGCGCCGGUGAUGCCACUGCCUGCAAAUAUGUUGUGAAGGGCAGCCCUGCCUCCCAAUCCGACGGUGGUCCCGUCAACUGCGGCGAAUUCACCGUCACUUCCGGCUGGAGCGGCCAGUUCGGCGAGGGCAAUGGCUUCACCACCCUCUCCGUUGUCAAGAACGACGUCCGCCAGAUCAUCUGGCCUGCUUAUACCGAUAAUCAGGUUGCGGAGGGCAAGGUCGUCCAGCCUGAUCAGAGCUACGCCCCUGUUACUCUUCCUUGA